AUGGUGUCCCUGGCGGCCUCGCGGCCGACUGCCGCUCCGACGGAGGCAGCAUGCUGCCUCAACAGGGAAGCAAGGGGUUCUGGAGCCACAAGCUGCGCUCAGCCUGCGAUUCAGCGCGGUUUUAGACCACGUAAAGUCACUUUCCUUAUAAUGCUGCCUUCGGGAGGGACUUCUGUUGCCUCCGUGCUCCUAGAAGAUCUUCCUCUCCUCACUGCCGCGGAGGCACAGAGGGCCUCUUUCGUAAACGGAGGAGGCGCAUCUGCUGUUGAGAGGCUGGCCAGCUCCACUUUGAUUCAGACUUCCCGCUGCGGUCUGUAUGUCCCGGGCCAUUUUCUUCUUUCCUUCGCGGCAGCGCGCGCGGGCAUCCACACGGCUGAUGCAGCGUCCAAGCUGCGCCUGGUGGUGCAGCAAAAAGAGGUAUAUCCGCAUACGUGCUUGCCUGUAGAAACAAUCUUAGGGACUGAAGCAGGAGCUGCAUUAGCUUCAGAUUGGGGAAUCGCCACACCAGCAGCAAUCGAGUCGAAGCCAACAGAAACGUCACCAGGGUCUCCACUAUGUUCGCUGUGGCUACUCCUGAGGCUGCCAGGAGGAAAGGGUGGUUUUGGUGCCCUGUUAAAAAAGCAGAGAAGGAAGAAAAGGGCGAAUUUCUCCAUUGAUGCUUGCAGAGAUCUAACUGGAAGGAGGAUCAGACAGGCCCAAGUGGUGACGCGCAUCAAAGCGUGGAUGGAGAAGAAGAGGAAAGAAGAUGCUCUAGUAGCCGCACUGACGCAAGGCACGCAGGAGACGGUACCGGAGGCCAAGCCAACUGUCUCACUAGAUGAUGCAUUUCUUUCCGAACAGUUGGCCCAGGUGUCGGAGAUGCCAUCCGUUGUUGCUCAUGGCCUGAAACAGCAAGUGGAACUGCGGAGAAAAUUGGAAGAGGAACAGCGCAAUCGAGCUGCAGCGCCACAAAACAGGGCACUGUUCUCCCAGUUGCGUGAUGCUGUAGAGCUCGACAGCGAGGAUGAAGAGUGGUCCGAUACAGAUGCAGACGAAGUGGGCCAAGUUGUCGAGCAGGACAGUACCACGAACAGUAGCAGAGGUUCAUCGUCUGAUAGCUCCAGCGGUGUCGCGUCCAAGGCUAGUGCCACUGCUGGCGCAAGCAGAGAGAGUCCCCUGACACGCUCAUCAGAUGCCAGUAGAUCAAAAUCGGGGACUGCAUGCAUCGGCAGCGCAAAGAAAUCUGCACCCGAGAGUCCCACAGUCGAUCCAGCAGCGGCGGCGCUCAUGCAGCAGCUGGAGCAGAUGCGCCUGAAGGCCGCAGCUGCACGGGAGGAAGAGCUUCAAAGAGAGGCAGAAGCUGCUGCCGAAGCAGCUCGGGCAGCAGCUCUAGCAGAGAAAGCUGCGGCGAAGAUAGCCGAAAAGGUGGCUAGAGAGGCGCAGCAGCUGGAUGUGAGCAGAUUCAACACCGCCGAAGAGCUUGCGAAGGCCGUGGAUGCUGCAGCCGGUAGCGCGGGAGUGUUGCCUUUUCUCCUGCUUGCAGACGGCUACACUUUGCGGAUCGUGCUUGUGUGGCUUCAGUUGUGA